AUGCAAGUUGUCUGGGAGGCGGACACGGCGGCCUUCGCAAGCCGCAAGAGAGCAGCACGAGCGUGUCAGAAAUGUCGCGCCGCGAAGAAGCGCUGUCACCACACCUUCCAGCGCCCGCCCGAGCAGCAAGCAGACUCUGACGGGCUCGAGCGAGUCCUGCCCAAUUUGACACACAAGGAACCCAUUCGCUUUGUGGGAGACCUGAACCCGGAAUCCAUCCUGACGGAUCUGUCGUCCAGGAAGCAAGGCGGCCAGAGGAUCAGCCGAGUCGGCACCUGGGUUGAACAGUCUCGAGAUCUCCAGGAUGGGCUGCCUCCAGAGGACCUUGGCCCACCGCUCCCGCAAAAGUCGGGGGACAAAACGCCGCUCAACGUCGAGAAAUAUGGUCGGGUUGAAGGCGGUCGACGGACUCUGACCGGUCAUCAGCGCAAUUACUUACAAGCCGUGGGAGCUUUUCGAGUUCUGCCCAAGGCCACCCAGGAUGCCUUGGUCACCACCUAUAUUGCGUGUUUUGACGGACUUCUACCCAUCCUGAAUGGCAUUAAACUUCUUCGGGACUACACUGAGGGCCGGUGCUCGAUAUUCCUCAUGCAGGCCAUCUGUCUCGUAACCUGCAAGACCGAGGAGGCGGCGCCCUAUCUCCGACUUUACGACGAUGGUCCCCUUCUUGACCCCAUCCCAUUUGCCCGCAGUCUGCAUACCGGGUUGGACGCAGCCAUGAAAGCUGAUCUGGAGCCUGAUAGAGUCACGAAAAUCCAGAUCCUGACACUGAUGCAUCUACACAACGACGGACCAGGGGGCAUCGAGGAAUCCUCCCUACACUUGUCACAAGCAAUCCACGAUGCCUGGACGGCGGGCCUUCACAUCCACACGCCGGGACGAUCUCCCAAAGAUCAAUCAAGCAUGCUGUGGUGGACCAUCUGGACCCUUGACAAGAUCAAUGCCUGCCUCGGUGGGCGACCGAUCGUGAUUGCGAAUCGAGACAUUGAUAUCGCACGUCCACCCCUGGAAAGUGGCGUUCCCAGAAGCAAUGUCAUCAACCUGUGGCUGAGAUUGGGAGAGCUUCUGGACGAGGUCAUUGAAUUCUACAGACCAACUGCCGAUCCGGAGUGCACAGGGUGGGAAGCUGAAUUUCCAGCCUAUCAUUCGUUGACUGAGGGCAUCGAUUUGUCCUUACUUCCCGUCUCAGAACAAAGCAUCCUCGAAAUUUGUUACCACGUCAUCGCGAUUCUUUCUUGCCGCGCAGGUGGCCCUUCUACGACCUCCUACGCCCGUCGUAUCUCGGCGGCUGAUCGGAUCCAAGAGCUUCUCUCCAACGGUCGUCAUACGUCCCUUCAGCCCAUCCCCUUGGUGCCCUACGCCGUCGGCCUUGCACUCACGGUCACCUAUCGCGGCCUCCGUGACAAUGCAUUCGAAGAUGCCGAUCGCGCACAGGCCGAUCUCGCCACGCGCUGUGAGACCCUGGAGGCGCUGAGCAUGUACUGGUGGACUGCCGACGCGAUGGCCCGACUGGGCCGGAAGGCGUUGAAGUCUUUGCAGCAGACGGGGGUGAGAAAGGCCAGCGUGGCCGGGAUCGCGAACGCAAUGGAAGCGGAGGUCAGUGCGUGUAGAUUUGGACCGUUCGAAGGCAAAGGCCAUCAUGGAACACGUCACUCGCACAGUUCUUCCACUCCCGCUGCAAUUCUUAGCGCCGCCACCGCCAAUACCUCGCCGAAGAUGACCAGGUCAUUGUCUUCUACCGGUUCUGGAGGUCGUCCUGGCGGAAAUGGACUGCAUGUCCUCUCUGAUGCAGCAGCCACCCACUCGACCGGAACCGCCACGAAUCUGGGCUCUGCACCCUCCGCCGUCAACACCGGGAAUCCCAGAAACAGCAGCGACACCAACAAGAGUCUCGCAAACACCCCGAUCGCUCGGGCCGUCACCGAAACGCCCGCCUCGCUGUUGACCACGCUCCCCAAAAUGUCGCCGUCCCAGCAGUUCAACCACAGCUACGCCUCAGGCUUCAGCCAGAUUCCGCCGGGGUCGGCCGUCCAAUACCAGAACUACAACAAAAGCACGCGCUUCCAAACGGCCGCACUGGGCAGCAAUCAGCACUUCCACCUCCACAACUACCACCACAGCCCACUGGGGCCCACGUCGUCGACGGGCACGGCGCCGACCACCAGCGCCGCGUUCGCGCUCGACAUGCCGUCUUCGUUCGGCCCGAGCAUCUACGACCCGCACUUCACCAACCUGGACGAACUGUUCGACGGCUUCUUCGACCUCAGCAUGCCCACCAUCUUCCAGGACCCGCUCUUCGACGGCGACGCCUUCCUCAACGCCGACCCGGACUUCGGCAUGGAUCCCCGCAUGGCGACCAUCGAGGGCCUUGGCUAUGCCGCAGACAUGAAUGCCGGCGAUGUUGGUGGCGGUGGUGGUGCGGGAGGCAGAGGAGGUGGUGCGGGAGGAAGCCCGCUGCAUGGAUUAUCAGGGACCGUGCCCGCGUCGGCGUCAGCGUCAACUCCAAUAUUAGCAUCAGCACUAGCCUCAGCGGCCACUGCUGCGUCUGCAGGACCACCUGGACCCGCGUCUUCAACGGACCACCCCAAAGCCUCCUCGCUCGGCACGGCGUAUCCGGACAUCAACAUGUCAUCUUGA